GGAUAUACAGUUUGAAAUGUGUAUGUUUAAUGUGCUUAGUGUUACUCCCGUGAGAUUUCAAACUCUACUGAGGACCUUUAAAGGCUUUAAAAUAAAAGAUAGAAAAUGUGUUUGGAGAUGGAAGUGUGAAAGAAAUUUCCCAUGCACAGAGUUCAAUAAGGUUUUUUUAUUAUUCAACCACAAGAUGUCAACAUGGCUUCUCAGGUUUCGGGAGUAACUGACCUAAAUGCUACAUUUGUGAGACCACUUGGUUUUUAUAUUAAAGGAUUUAAUUCAUUGCAAAAUACUCACUAUUAUUUUAUAUUUUUGCUUUUUGUGUAUAUUGCCACUGUUCUUUCGAACGUCAUUCUUAUGUCAGUUAUUUUGUUUGUAGAUAAUCUUCACACACCAAAAUAUAUUGCUAUAUUUACUUUGUCAGUUGUAGACAUAAGUUGCAGCACAGCAAUAAUUCCAAAAUGUGUUGAUGCAUUUCUUAUGAAUUCAAAAUUUAUUUCAUAUGAAUCCUGUUUAGCACAGAUGUUUUUUGUACACUAUUUUUCUGCAAUGGAAUCAUUUACUCUUGCCGUUCUUGCAUAUGACCGCUUCAUUUCCAUAUGUUUUCCAUUACACUGUCAUACAAUCAACACAAACACUAGGAUGAUAAUAAUUAUAGUAAUUUCUUGGGCAAUUCCUCUUGUGCUUACAGUGGUUGGAGUUCAUUUAAUCACACAUCUGUCAUUCUGCAAAUCCACAGUUAUAAAUAGUUAUUUUUGUGAUUAUAGGCCAGUGUACAUAUUGGCAUGUAAUGAUAUUUCUGCAAAUAUGAUUAUAUCAGGAUGUUUUAGUUUUGGGUUUAUUUUUAUACCUUUGAUUGUUAUCAUACUUUCAUAUGCAUGUAUUAUAGUUGCUGUAAUGAAGAUUGCAUCUGCUGAGGGAAAAUGGAAAACAUUUAAAACCUGCACUGCUCACUUAAUCUUAGUGGCAAUAUUUUACUUACCUCUGCUUGGGACCUACCUUACUGUAAUGUCAACUCAGUUUAUAGACACAGAUGUCCGAAUACUUAACACAACUUUAUCGGCCACUCUUCCUCCUCUUCUAAAUCCUAUUGUAUACACUCUGAAAACAGAUGAAAUAAUGGAGCAAAUCAGAAAGCUGGUUAGAAAGAGAAAAACCAAAUCAUUAAUACGUUAGUGGUCAAACAAUCAAUGAUUUCAAAUUGUUUAAAAUUCUAAUAAGAAAUAAUGGCUACCUUUAUGAAUAUCUCUGACUAAUGAUUAUUACUGUUAUGUAAAAAUCCUUGUUAAUCAGUUUCCAUUUAUUAUAUUUAUAAUUUACAGAGACAAAAUCUAAAGCAACCGAUUACAAUUACAUUC